CAGUUGCCUAUAUCUUGAUGGUAAGGCUGGGGAAACUCUGGGGGUUCCUGGUGGCAGAAUCUUGUUGGAACCCGGCUUUGGGACUCAACCCCUUCCUGAUGGAAUCCCACCUGCUGAACUAUAUGACCUUUGGCCCUGGCUUGUGCCCGAUUCUUUUUGGAGAAGGGUGUAACAGGGACUGGAAGGGGUGUUAGAAUGUAUUUGGCCUGGGAAGUAGGUGGGGCAGGAGAGCCAGGGCCAUGAGGGAUGGGUAGCAGUGACUGAGUGUGAAGCUAGCUGUUCUGUUGACUGCUCUGGGCUUUGGUAUUUUGUGUGCAUUUACAAGUGUGUUGGUUCCUCAUGGGACUGUGGCCUGAGUGUAUCUGCCAUGGGUGAGCCUCUUAGAGUGCUUACAAAGUGCCAGUGUGCUUGUUCAUGGCUUCCUGCUUUGUCAGUGUGUGUUCGUGCCAGGGGUUCUGUGUACAUGUGUGAGGCGUGCACUGACUGUGCACGCGUGUGUCUGUUGGUGCUUUAUCUGCUCUAUGACUACCCAGUGGGAAUAUGUGAAGUUGCACGAAUGUGUUUAGGUGUGUAAGAGUGUGCACCUAUGUAUCUUUCAUUGUGCAGGUGAGUCUUAUAUGUGUGAGCCACUGUGUGUUGACAAGUGUGCAAAGGCUAUAUAGACGUAGCUGUCUGGUUGUCUAUUAAGGGGCAUGUGGGCUUUUCUGUAGCUGUACAUCUGUGAGUGUGCAACGGAUAGCCUGUGUGUAUGUGUAUAUGAGUGUUGUAUGCAGAUAUGCCAGCCUUGAGGGUGUGUGUCUAUCUUGGGAGUCCUUUCCUACUUUAGUCUCUGGGGACCAGGUUCUGUAUGUUUAGGCCUGUAUCUCUGCAAGAUACAUGUGUACCUGUGCCUUGGGCACAAGAUUGACCCUAAUUCUGGGUCUAGUGAGUGUGAUCUGUAGCACACCAAGGCGUAGUGUGUGGUCCUGGAACACAAAUGUGACUGUCUCCUGGGCUCAGUGUCCUGAAGGGUAUGGAGCACCCAGACUGGGCUGGUGUUCCCUGGGCGAGCUCGGGUUCGGACUCACAUAGAUCGGGAUGGAUCCCCCAGUGUAAAUGUGGACAGAAAGGAGAUGGUAGGAACCCUAGUGCUUCUGGACUCUGGAUACCACUCAUGUCUUUGAAGUUUGGGAGCCCAGAUGAAAACUCUUAAGUUCUAAAAGAAAAGAUGUCUGGCCCAUAUUUCUGAGUCUCAAAAAGAGAAGGCUGGGAAUUUGAAUUCUAGAGCUGCUAAGAAGAGUGGGUAAAUUCCAUAGUCAGGAGCCAGUGCAGGAGGGAUAAGGUUUCAGAGAUCCUGAGACCUCAGAGGGCAAAGCUCACAUGCAGGACCCUGAGACGCAGUCACUUAAGGUCUAGACAUGACUUUUAGAUCCCUCUGAGAGUAUGAUGAUCCUACAGCAGGAGGCCUGAGAAAGUAAUCGCUGUAAGGAUUCCCUUGGCUUAGAUGAUCUCCAAGGUAGCUUUUGGUGACUAGAAAAGAGCUCGAAGAUGCUAACUGGUUUUGUUCUUUUGCAGGUACCGGCCCAGGCCCUGACUCCUUGAAGAGAGAUGAAGAAACCGAGAUUCAGAGAGGUUCAGACACUUGCCCCAGGUCACACAGCUAGUCUCUCCCAUUCCUGCCUCCCCCCUGCACCAUGGCUCCAGGCCCCUUCUCCUCCGGGCUCUUUUCGCCACCACCUGCUGCUCUUCCCUUUCUGCUGUUGCUCUGGGCAGGAGCAUCUCGAGGCCAGCCCUGCCCUGGUCGCUGCAUCUGUCAGAACGUGGCACCUACGCUGACCAUGCUGUGUGCGAAGACGGGCCUGCUCUUUGUGCCACCCGCCAUCGACAGGCGUGUGGUAGAGCUGCGGCUCACUGACAACUUCAUUGCGGCUGUGCGUCGUCGAGACUUCGCCAAUAUGACCAGCCUGGUCCACCUCACCCUGUCUCGCAACACCAUUGGCCAGGUAGCAGCCGGCGCCUUUGCUGACCUCCGGGCUCUCCGGGCCCUGCACCUUGACAGCAACCGCCUGGCAGAGGUGCGAGGGGAUCAGCUCCGGGGCUUGGGUAACCUCCGCCACUUGAUCCUCGGCAACAAUCAGAUCCGUAAGGUGGAGUCGGCAGCCUUUGACGCCUUCCUGUCCACCGUGGAGGACCUGGAUCUAUCCUACAACAACCUGGAGGCACUGCCAUGGGAGGCGGUGGGUCAGAUGGUGAACUUGAACACCCUCACGCUGGACCACAACCUCAUUGAUCACAUUGCGGAGGGCACCUUCGUGCAGCUGCACAAACUCGUGCGCUUGGACAUGACCUCCAACCGUCUACAUAAAUUGCCCCCCGACGGACUGUUCCUGAGGUCCCAGGGCGGUGGGCCCAAGCCACCCACCCCAUUGACGGUCAGCUUCGGUGGCAACCCGCUGCACUGCAACUGUGAACUGCUCUGGCUUCGGCGCCUGACCAGGGAGGACGACUUGGAGACGUGUGCCACGCCCGAGCAUCUCACUGACCGCUAUUUCUGGUCCAUCCCGGAGGAGGAAUUUCUAUGUGAGCCCCCGCUCAUCACACGGCAAGCAGGGGGCCGGGCCCUGGUGGUAGAGGGCCAGGCUGUCAGUCUGCGCUGCCGGGCUGUGGGUGACCCCGAGCCCGUGGUGCAUUGGGUGGCACCUGAUGGACGGCUGCUGGGGAACUCCAGCCGGACUCGGGUCCGUGGUGACGGAACGCUGGAUGUGACUAUCACCACCCUGAGGGACAGCGGUACCUUCACUUGCAUAGCCUCCAAUGCUGCGGGGGAAGCCACAGCACCUGUGGAGGUAUGUGUGGUACCUCUGCCACUGAUGGCGCCCCCACCCGCUGCCCCGCCGCCUCUCACUGAACCUGGUUCUUCUGACAUCGCCACACCAGGCAGACCUGGUGCCAACGACUCAACCAGUGAGCGCAGGCUUGUGGCUGCUGAACUCACGUCUAGCUCUGUGCUCAUCCGCUGGCCGGCCCAGAGGCCAGUGCCUGGCAUCCGUAUGUACCAAGUGCAAUACAACAGCUCUGCAGAUGACUCCCUAGUCUACAGGAUGAUCCCUUCUACCAGCCAGACCUUCCUAGUGAAUGACCUGGCGGCUGGCCGCGCCUAUGAUUUGUGUGUGUUGGCAGUCUAUGACGACGGGGCCACCGCUCUGCCGGCUACCAGAGUGGUGGGCUGUGUGCAAUUCACCACCGCGGGAGAUCCUGCACCAUGCCGCCCGCUGAGGGCCCAUUUCUUGGGCGGCACCAUGAUCAUCGCCAUCGGGGGCGUCAUCGUAGCCUCGGUCCUCGUUUUCAUCGUUCUGCUCAUGAUUCGCUACAAGGUGUACGGAGAUGGGGACAGCCGCCGCAUCAAGGGGACGUCCAGGACGCCCCCUCGGGUCAGCCACGUGUGCUCUCAGACCAACGGCGCAGGUGCGCAGCAGGCCUCCGCCCCACCAGCUCCAGACCGCUACGAGGCGCUGCGGGAGGUGGCUGUCCCUGCGGCCAUCGAGGCAAAGGCCAUGGAGGCCGAGGCGACUUCCACUGAGCUAGAGGUGGUGCUUGGACGCUCUCUGGGUGGCUCCGCCACCUCGCUGUGCUUGCUGCCCUCCGAGGAAACUUCUGGGGAGGAAUCUAGGGCCAUGACCGGCCCUCGAAGGAGCCGUUCGGGGGCCUUGGGGCCUCCAACUUCAGCGCCCCCAACGCUAGCUCUGGUUCCUGGGGGAGCCCCGGCCCGACCGAGGCCACAACAACGCUAUUCCUUCGACGGGGACUACGGGGCGCUGUUCCAGAGUCACAGUUACCCGCGCCGCGCCCGGCGGACAAAGCGCCACCGGUCCACGCCACACCUGGACGGGGCCGGAGGGGGCGCGGCCGGGGAGGACGGAGACCUGGGGCUGGGCUCCGCCCGGGCACGCCUGGCCUUCACCAGCACCGAAUGGAUGCUGGAGAGUACCGUGUGAGCGACGGGCGCACGGGCACCGGGACGCCUGUGGGCCGCACUUAGUUGCCCAGCCCGGCCGGAUGCAGGGGAGGCUGGAGAGAAGGGACGCGCGAGGGGCGGGGCCGGCCGCCUCGGGAUUGGUGGCAGGUCGCCGGCCUCUCCGACUCCACCCCUCUGCCCCGUCCCCCGCGCGCUCGCGGACCUCGCCGGAGCCGGUGCCUUACACAGCGAAGCGCGGGGAGGGGCGGGGCCCCCCCACACUGCAGCACUGAGACACGAGUCCCCUACCCUACCCGGGACCCUGGGGCAGGGGCGAGGGGCCCAUUCCUUGUAUCUGGCUGGACUAGAUCUCUUCUGCCCCGCGGCGGCCUCCAAAGCCUCCAGUCCCCUCACUCAGCCCCAUCCCUGGUCCCACCAGUCUGGUUUGGAGGGAGGGGCUUCUCCUUUUUCCCCCCUACGUCCUUGUCUUUCCUGCCCUCUGUCGUCUGUUUUAAGUCCUUCCCUACUUGUCUCCCUUUUUUUCUGUCCCAUGGUCGUCUCUUCUCCCUCUGUCCUCCCUUGUUUCUUUAUUUUUUUGUCCAGUGUCCGUGUCUUUCCCGAUUCCCUGUCCUCACCAUCUUCCGGGCAGGUCCCACAGAAGGACCAGACUCUUCUCUCUACCUUCCUUCGCCCCACAAUGAAUCCCCACACAAACAAAAACCAAAUCCCCUUCUCGGAGCCGGGACCCUCCGCCACAGCAGAAUUAAACUUUUUUCUGUGUCUGAGGCGGCUCUGCUGA